UUGCAGGCGAAAACUCGCGACUUGUGGGUAGACGUGCUCGCGGCGCAGGAUUUAUUGAAUGUCAAUCGAGUCAAAGAGCAAACUCAGUCUAAGGCAACAAGAAUGCGAAGAGAAUGGUCGUUCGGGCAAUGGGUAGGAAAACGAGAACACGAAUAUGCUGAAGGUAAACAGCCAGCUAUCGAAUAUGAAGAGGAUCCCGUGUUGUCAGCCAACAACGAAUUGACAACUUGUUGCACAUGCCAACAGGGACCACCUGGUUCACCUGGACCCCCUGGUGCUCAGGCCGAAGACGGUCGUGAUGGAGAGCCUGGCCGAAACGGUGUUCCAGGGCGGAAUGGUGUCGUGCUACCGUUGACUGAACCACUACCAGAGGUCUGCGUGAUUUGCCCACGGGGACGGCCUGGUCGACCUGGAGCAAUAGGUCCAAAAGGACAACCAGGUCUGCGUGGUGAGCCUGGACUAGAUGGAACUAAUGGCAAAAAGGGAAAGCAAGGUUUAGCUGGUCCACAAGGCUCGGCUGGGCGUCCUGGAAAGCCGGGAAAAAGAGGUGCAAAAGGCGAACCUGGAACACUGACUGUUCUCGUAGGUCCAGCUGGGCCUAAUGGACCACCAGGUGAUCGUGGAGUGGCUGGUCCAAAAGGUAGAAAGGGAAAACCCGGACAACCAGGAGCGAGAGGUCCGCCAGGAAUUCCAGGAGAUCGCGGCCGUCCAGGGCCUUCUGGAAAAACUGGUCCGAUCGGGAUGCCAGGCCCCGCUGGACCAAUCGGACUGGACGGUUCUUGUGAUCAUUGUCCACCACCACGGCUUGCACCUGGUUAUUGA